CGCGCCUCAGCCGGUUCGGUCCCGGAGUCUUUCCAGCGCCUUGUUUCUAGCGGUUGGUGCUGAUUUUGCUGGGGUUGUCAUGGGGGAAGCGGAGAAGUUUCACUACAUCUACAGUUGUGACCUGGACAUCAAUGUGCAGCUUAAGAUAGGAAGUUUGGAAGGGAAGAGAGAACAAAAAAGUUAUAAAGCUGUUCUAGAAGACCCAAUGUUGAAGUUUUCAGGACUGUACCAGGAGACAUGCUCUGAUCUCUAUGUUACUUGUCAAGUUUUUGCAGAAGGGAAGCCUCUGGCCUUGCCAGUGAGAACAUCCUACAAAGCAUUUAGUACAAGAUGGAACUGGAAUGAAUGGCUCAAACUGCCUGUAAAAUACCCAGACCUGCCCAGGAAUGCCCAAGUGGCUCUCACUAUAUGGGAUGUGUAUGGACCAGGGAAGGCAGUACCUGUGGGAGGAACAACAGUUUCGCUCUUUGGAAAAUAUGGCAUGUUUCGCCAAGGGAUGCACGACUUGAAAGUCUGGCCUAAUGUAGAAGCAGAUGGAUCAGAACCCACAAAAACUCCUGGCAGAACAAGCAGUACUCUCUCAGAAGAUCAGAUGAGCCGCCUUGCCAAGCUCACCAAAGCUCAUCGACAAGGACACAUGGUGAAAGUAGAUUGGCUGGACAGAUUGACAUUUAGAGAAAUAGAAAUGAUAAAUGAGAGUGAAAAACGAAGCUCUAAUUUCAUGUAUUUGAUGGUUGAAUUUCGAUGUGUCAAGUGUGAUGAUAAGGAAUAUGGUAUUGUUUACUAUGAAAAGGAUGGUGAUGAGUCAUCUCCAAUUUUAACAAGCUUUGAGAUUGUGAAGGUUCCUGACCCUCAGAUGUCUAUGGAGAAUUUAGUUGAGAGCAAACACCACAAGCUCGCCCGGAGCUUAAGAAGCGGACCUUCUGACCAUGAUCUCAAACCUAAUGCUGCCACAAGAGAUCAACUAAAUAUUAUUGUGAGUUAUCCACCAACCAAGCAACUUACAUAUGAAGAACAAGAUCUUGUUUGGAAGUUUAGAUAUUAUCUCACUAAUCAAGAAAAAGCUUUGACAAAAUUCUUGAAAUGUGUCAAUUGGGAUCUACCGCAGGAGGCCAAACAGGCGUUGGAACUUCUAGGAAAAUGGAAGCCAAUGGACGUAGAGGACUCCUUGGAGCUGUUAUCCUCCCAUUACACCAAUCCGACUGUGAGGCGGUAUGCCGUCGCCCGGUUGCGACAGGCAGAUGACGAGGAUUUGUUGAUGUACCUAUUACAGCUGGUCCAAGCUCUCAAAUAUGAAAAUUUUGAUGACAUAAAGAAUGGAUUAGAGCCUACCAAGAAGGAUAGUCAGGGUUCAGUGUCAGAGAGUGUGUCAAAUUCUGGAAUAAAUUCUGCAGAAAUAGAUAGCUCCCAAAUUAUAACCAACCCGCUUCCUCCAGUGUCUUCCCCUCCUCCUGCAUCUAAAACAAAAGACAGUUCAGAUGGUGAAAAUCUAGAGCAAGAUCUCUGUACCUUCUUGAUAUCAAGAGCCUGCAAAAACUCAACACUGGCUAAUUAUUUAUACUGGUAUGUGAUAGUGGAAUGUGAAGAUCAGGACACUCAGCAGAGAGAUCCAAAGACCCAUGAGAUGUACUUAAAUGUAAUGAGACGAUUCAGCCAGGCAUUGUUGAAGGGUGAUAAGUCUGUCAGAGUUAUGCGUUCUCUGCUGGCUGCGCAGCAAACAUUUGUAGAUCGGCUGGUGCAUCUAAUGAAGGCAGUGCAGCGUGAAAGCGGAAAUCGUAAGAAAAAGAACGAAAGACUACAGGCAUUGCUUGGAGACAACGAAAAGAUGAAUUUGUCAGAUGUGGAACUUAUCCCAUUGCCUUUAGAACCCCAGGUGAAAAUUAGAGGAAUAAUCCCAGAAACAGCUACACUGUUUAAGAGUGCUCUUAUGCCUGCACAGUUAUUUUUUAAGACGGAAGAUGGGGGCAAAUACCCAGUUAUAUUUAAGCAUGGGGAUGACUUACGCCAAGAUCAACUUAUUCUUCAAAUCAUUUCACUCAUGGACAAGCUGCUACGGAAAGAAAAUCUGGAUUUGAAGUUGACACCCUACAAGGUAUUAGCCACUAGUACAAAACAUGGCUUCAUGCAGUUUAUCCAGUCAGUUCCUGUUGCUGAAGUUCUUGAUACAGAAGGAAGCAUUCAGAACUUCUUUAGAAAAUACGCACCAAGUGAGAAUGGACCGAAUGGAAUCAGUGCUGAAGUUAUGGACACUUACGUUAAAAGUUGUGCUGGAUAUUGCGUGAUUACGUACAUACUUGGAGUUGGAGACCGACACCUGGAUAACCUUCUGCUCACAAAAACAGGCAAACUCUUCCACAUAGACUUCGGAUAUAUUUUGGGUCGGGAUCCGAAGCCUCUUCCUCCUCCAAUGAAGCUGAAUAAAGAAAUGGUAGAAGGAAUGGGGGGCACCCAGAGUGAGCAGUACCAAGAGUUUCGUAAACAGUGUUACACGGCUUUUCUCCACCUUCGAAGGUAUUCCAACCUGAUUUUAAACUUGUUUUCCUUAAUGGUGGAUGCAAACAUUCCAGAUAUUGCUCUUGAACCAGAUAAAACUGUGAAAAAGGUUCAGGAUAAAUUCCGACUAGACCUGUCUGAUGAAGAGGCCGUGCAUUACAUGCAGAGUCUGAUUGAUGAAAGUGUCCAUGCUCUCUUUGCUGCAGUGGUAGAGCAGAUUCACAAGUUUGCCCAGUACUGGAGAAAAUGAAACUGGGUUUGGCACCUUAAAACGUUCUACUUCAGAAGCGACCUCUGUAUAAGGAAGACUUUGGAGUAACAAGGAGGAGAACACUUAAUCUUCAAGAUACCGUAUAUCCUAAAUGUUACAUGGUGCCUGAAUUCAGUUUCCUUGGAUGUCCCUGCCUGUAUAUUGUCUUGAAGGAUUUGUUUUGAAAUAUUGUAUAUAUUUAUUUUCAAAUGUACACAUUGUUAAUAAGCUAAGAAGUAAAAAAUUUAUUCCAGGAUCAUGUAUAUAUUAUGAGAGUUCUGGAAGAAUUUUAUGUUGAAAUAGUAAAACAUUUUAGUCUCUGAGUUUGAAAUGUCCUUUUUUUUUUUUUAAUCAUCUCUUCACACCAAGACAGCAGUUACGAAUUUGGAUGGUCUCACUUAAGGAGACUUUUUUGUUCUGUCUCUCCCUUCUCCCUCCCUCCCUUCCCCCUUUUUCUCUCCUGCUCAUGUUAGUUUUUUCCUAAUCUGCAGUACCUAAAGGUUUACGUAUUGUGGCUCAUUCUUUUACAAAAGUUCAACAAUUGCAUAUACUUCAAAUAAGACUGUCAUUUUCUCUCAUUUUUAAAUAUAUAUCUGUUUUGAAAACUGUGGUUAGUUCACAAUUCUAGGUUGUAACUAUGUGAAUCAGCACAUGCAAAUAUAUUAAUGUGAGUCACUGGCCAAAAGAUAACAAUGACACAGCUUUUAGUAUUGAGCCCAAGAUAUUUUUACAUACACAUGUAAGCAUAAAUUGUCUUUUUGCAAUUUAUACUUUUUUGAUGUAAACUUACUUUUCAAAAGCUUUUUGAAAUAGCUCUCCUAGACUUGUUAAUGUAAUAUAUCUUUUCUGGUUAUUGUUUGUCUUUAAUAGUAAUUACUGAUUAUUAUUUCUGAUAAUUGUUUAUCUUUUAAGACUAAAAGUCCCGCCAAUCGACUUUUGCCUCAUGAAACUUUGGGAAAAUGGCACAUAGGAAAAUAGAAGAAUAACACAGUAAUAAUCUUUACAAUUUAAUAUGUUGCAUAGUCACAUGUGACUUUGUUUUGGAAGAAAAUAUCUCAUUCUUUCAUUGAAUAAAUAAUAUUUGAAUAAAUAUUAAAUACCAGAUGACAGAUUAGAAGGUUAAAUUGAGGCACAGUUUCGGAGAGUACAGUUGAUUACAAUUAACUUUUUGUCAUCACGUCAUCAUUAUCUGUGAGCUUGCCAUUUUAGAGUGAGCUUACCAGCUGGACACAAGCACGUGAUUGGGAGACGUCCUAGAGGCACGCAGAGUAUGGUUUGUGUAAAACAUACAUGCUGAUUUGUAAACCAGAGAAGGUGAAAGGACCUCUCUCUACACAUCCUCAUAAGACUUGGUGUCCAGUGAACUGGAAGCUCCAUCCUUGUCUUUCUGUGCUUCACACGUGUCUAUCCCUUCAGUGGCUGCGAAGUGUUGAAACCAUAUGCAUUCUCUUUGAGUCCUAUGUCUAUUGGCUCUGAAGAGUUUUCUCGAAAUGGCCCUGUAGAAAGUGGCCAAGCUUCGGAACUCUUACAAUUCUUUAUUUAUAGCUUUUUAAUUGGCAUUUAGUAAAGGUCGGUAUUUUUGUUAUACUUGCAUCUCCCAUUUCAGAGGUUUGGCACUUUUUCUGUAAAGGGUUGGGGUAGUAACUAUGUUAAGCUUUGGGAAGCAUAUAAUCUUUGUUACAACAACUCAACUCUGCUGUUAGAGGGGAAAAGGCAUCCAUAGACAACAUGUAACAAAUGGGCUUGGCCAGAUUUGACCCUCGAGCCUUGAUUUGUUGACUAGUUUGAAUUAAGUGUAAAGCAAAAACUCUCAUCUUACUCAUCUUUAUGAAUUCCACUGCACUUUGCAUAAGUAGGAGUAUGUUGAUAGUGGGGCUCCAUGAAUUAGUUUUGGAUUAAUAUGAAAUUCUAUAACGGCCAACUCUGACAACUGGUAUGGAGAGUUGACCUUGUAUUCAGUGUAAACUUGGUAAGAAUUAUAAUGGAGAGAGAGCUUUCUAAGAAGGAAGAUGGAUACUGAGUGAAGAAAUAGCAUCUUUGAGGAUAGACAGUGGCCAUGGUUUUGCUCAGAGUAUUUUGUCUGUGGGUGGUGAGCCUACAUCAGAAAGAAAAGUGAUUUAUCGGUCUUAAUUUCUAUUGCUUCAAACAACCUUUUUGUUCCUACUGUUUUCCCUGAACUCCAUUGUUUUUGUUGUUCAGAGCCUUUACAGUACAGUCUGUUUCUUCAUUGUCAUUGCCUUCCAUUUUCUGUCAAUACUUGUUUUGAGUUUGAGAAAUGUGUUUGUGCAGACACAAUGCUUUGAUUCAAGAGUGUGGGUACUAUGGUCAUGUACUAUAAGUACUCUGAGAUUUCUGCAUUGGGGAAAGAAAAUGUUAGUGGAAGCCACUGAGAGUGGGGCUACAAAAGUAGGGAAAGAAGUGAAGUGUUACUAACAUUCCUAAAUAAAGGGUUGAUACAACCUGA